ACCAUCAUCAUUGUUUUCAAUUUAUAUCCAAUAAUAAAAAAAAAAAAGUGAAUAUCACAAUUCACAAUUUCACAGUUCUUUUUAGAUUCUUUCAAUUUCGAUGAACUGAUAUUGCGCUACACCCACAUACAUACAUACAUACAUAUAUAUAUAUAUAUUUCAAAUAAUAUAUACAUAUAUAGUACAUAUUGAUGAUGGUGGUGGGUAGGAGUAUGAUUAUUUGGGGGAAUCUUUAUUUAUAGAUUCUAAAAAGUUUGGGGGUUGUUUGGUGUUUUGGGGGAUAAUAAUGGGAAAUGUCAAUGGCAGAGAAGAUGGAGGUGGUAGCCCUUCGGAGGGUAGCGUUGGUGGUGCGCAGGAUGACAUGGCCGCGCAUGUUAGCUAUCAUGCGCAUGGUGAUGGUGAGUUGAUGGGUCAGUCCCCUCCUCCUAGCCCUAGGGCAGCCCAGUCUCCACUCAUGUUCACUCCUCAGGUCCCAGUGGUUCCGUUACAAAGACCAGAUGAGAUGAACAUCCCAGUUCAUUCAUGGAUGCAGACUACCUCAGGGUACGAAGACACGUGCAGUGAGCAAGGUAUUCCAACAAUGAUUACUUGGAGCUAUGAUGGCAAGGAAGUCGCUGUGGAGGGAUCAUGGGAUAAUUGGAAGACAAGAAAGCCCUUGCAGAGAUCUGGAAAAGAUUUCACCAUUAUGAAAGUCCUUCCAUCAGGUGUUUACCAGUACAGGUUUAUUGUUGAUGGGCAGUGGAGGUAUGCCCCUGACAUGCCAUGGGCACAGGAUGAAGCAGGCAAUGCUUAUAACGUUUUGGAUUUGCAGGACUAUGUUCCAGAAGAGAUUGAAAGCAUUUCCGGAUUCGAACCUCCUCAGUCCCCAGAGGCGAGCUACAGCAACUUGCAACUUGGUCCCGAGGAUUAUGCAAAGGAACCGCCAUUGGUUCCCCCACAUCUGCAAAUGACUUUGCUCAAUGUUCCUUCGACCUACAUGGAGAUUCCAGCUCCUUUUUCAAGACCUCAGCAUGUGGUGCUUAACCAUCUUUACAUGCAGAAAGGGAGGGGUGGCCCAUCUGUGGUGGCUCUUGGGUCAACCCAUCGGUUCCUGUCCAAGUAUGUGACAGUGGUACUCUACAAGUCCUUGCAGAGGUAAAAUGCACAUCAUCUCUCAGGAUGUUAGUCUGUAGUCCCUUUAUGUAAUUGUUAUAAUUAUUAAGAGUUAAAUUUUAAGCUGAUGGCUUGAGCGAACUCCACAAAGAGCCAUUAUAGUAAACUUGAGAAUUUUAUGCCUCCUAAUGCAUAAUACUAAUAUACAGUUGAUCGAAAAGUUAUUUGGA